UUAGCGGACAUUUUCGAGGCGGAAAAUAUCGCUCGAAACUUUGAAACAUUGCUUCUGACUUGUCACGAGAUUUAAGAAAACAGAAUCGAUAUUUCUUAUCAUACAAACAUUACAAAAAAGUUGCCCCAUGACAGACGUAGAGUGCAGAGUACACCGUAUAAAUCUACAGGAAUGACAGCCCCAGAGCAAGUAUAAAUUACUGGCUAAAGAUAACAAAUUCAUUUCGGUGGAGACAAUGGAGUCUAGUAGAACACAAGGGUUUCAAGUGCUGCUUUUGUUAGGAUGUUUACUUUUUUUAGGGGUAAAAGUGGAGUCCCGUAGAAAGAGCUGGUCAUGGAGCUACGAUGCGCCUUCUUGCAGGGCGCAGAGUGUUACAAUUGCCGAGUAUGGAGGAGUAGGAGACGGCAACACUGUCAAUACCAAGGCUUUUCAGAAAGCGAUUGAUUAUUUAAGCGGAUUUUCUGAAAAUGGAGGAGGUCAGCUUUACAUUCCGCCAGGAAAAUGGUUAACUGGAAGCUUUAAUCUCACAAGUCACUUCACUCUUUACCUGCACAAAGAUGCUGUAAUUCUUGGUUCUGAGGAUCCAGAAGAAUGGCCUUUGAUCCCAACUUUGCCGUCAUAUGGAAUAGGCAGAGAUGGAGGUAAUCUGAGAUAUAGCAGCUUGAUAAAUGGGUAUAACCUUACAGAUGUUGUUAUCACAGGUGAUAAUGGCACUGUAGAUGGGCAAGGUGCUAUUUGGUGGGAAAAAUUCCAUAAGAAGAAGUUGAAAUAUACACGAGGUUACAUGGUUGAGUUGAUGCAUUCAAAGGAUAUAGUAAUUUCCAAUCUGACAUUUCUAAACUCACCUAAUUGGAACUUACACCCAGUUUAUAGCAGCAACAUUCUCAUUCAGCAUGUCACUAUUCUUGCACCACUUACUUCACCAAAUACAGAUGGCAUUGAUCCAGAUUCCUGUUCAUAUGUACGCAUUGAGGACUGCUAUGUUGAAUCAGGUGAUGAUAUAGUUGCAAUAAAGAGUGGUUGGGAUGAAUAUGGAAUUGCAUAUGGAAUGCCCAGUCAACAUAUUGUAAUCCGUCGUGUUGUUGGAGUAUCACCUACAAGUGCAAUAAUUGCACUGGGUAGUGAAAUGUCAGGUGGAAUACAAGAUGUUCAAGCAGAGGAUAUCCAAGCUAUUAAUUCUGAAACAGGAGUAAGAAUUAAGACAUCUCCAGGCAGAGGUAAUUAUGUCAGAGAUAUAUAUGUGAAUCGAAUGACUAUGGUCAACAUGAAGUGGGCAUUUACCAUGACAGGUUCUUAUGGAGCCCAUCCAGAUAAUAAGUAUGAUCCAAAUGCUAUUCCAGUAGUGGAAAGAAUAAGCUAUAGCAAUGUCAUAGCAACAAAUGUAAGUACUGCAGGAAAAUUAGAUGGCAUUCAAAAAGCUCCAUUCAAAGACAUUUGUCUCACCAAUGUCACCAUUUCCAUGGCGCCCAAGUCUAAGCAUCCUCCAUGGAACUGUACCAAUAUUCAAGGAGUUUCCCAUUCUGUCUCCCCAGAGCCAUGUAACCUGCUUCAGGAACAACCAUCUGGGGGAGAGCCAAUCUGUCCUCGUCCUCGUGAAAUUGAUUUCCCAGAACAAACUAACUUUAGGAAAUGCUCUUAUAGUAGUAGGCAGUAACCCUCUCUAGAUAGAAUAGGUUUCUUCUCCUUGCUCUUUGCUCUGUUAAGAGAUGUUGUAACAAGAUGAUAUCUCCUAUGUGUGUACCAGAAGCUUUUAUUGUAAGUUUGAAAUCCCAGAACAAAUCAACUUUAUGAAAUGCUCUUAUAAUAGUAGGCAGUAUUCCCCUCUAGAUCCAAUAGAUUUUGGGUCCUUUCUUUAUGCUCUAUCAAGAGAUAUUGUAAAAAAGCUUUUAUCUUCCAUGUGUGUACCUCAAGCAGGAAUAGAAUAAAUAAUGCAAGUUAUUGUGUAUCUAUUAUAUAAGAUUGAGCAAUUUCUAAA